AUGGAUGAUGAUAGAGAGUUCUAUGGAACGCUAGGCAACAAGAACAUUCUGAAACUAGAGGAAGUGGAGCAGAGUUUUAAUAGGGCCGAUGAGGACUAUACCACUCAGGGGAAUGACAGCAGACAGCAUGGUGAGGAGUGCAUAGGCAACCCUUUAGCUAGAUGUGCAAACCAUGUUGCCUUCCUUGACUGCAGUGGUGGUGGGAGUGAAUCCAGUGGCCUCAUGCGUAACGCCACUGAAGAUUUACAAACAGGCAGCAGCAUGCUGUCCAUUAACUCCUCGGUGGAAGAGCUCCAUAUGGACGCCGCCGACUCUGCUGACGUUGUGCCUUGUGACUCCUGCAUCCAGAGCCCCCAGAGGGCGGUGAAGUCGUGCCUCACCUGCCUGGUGUCGUUCUGCGAGGCGCACCUGAGGCCUCACCUGGAGAAGCCGCGCUUCCACAGCCACCGCCUGGUGGCGCCGCAGCACGACCUGGAGAUGCGCUGCUGCCCGCAGCACAGGAUGCCCCUGGACCUGUUCUGCUGCCCCGACGCCAGGUGCAUCUGCCCCGGCUGCAGAGAAGAGCCCGGGCACCGGGGCCACCGCUGCGUACCUGUGAGGGAGGCGCGCAGACUGGCUGAGGCAGAGCUGCAGAGGAGGAAGGGGGAGAUGAGGAAGACCAUCUCCAUAGCAGAGGACGCCAUCACCAGCCUGCAGAACAACACCAACUCAGCAGAGGGGGCAGUGGUGGGACUACAGGCCAUCGUGGAGCAGCAGUUCUCCCGUCUGCAUGGGUGCGUGGAGCGGGCGCGGGGGGAGGUGUGGGGGGUGCUGGAGGGGGAGCUGGAGAGGACCGUGGGCCAGGCAGAGGGCAUCCGGGCACACCUGCACCUCAAGAUAUGCCAGCUCAGACGCAGCCUGGAGAUGGGAGACAAGUUCGGCAGCAGCAGCAAUGACGUGGACUUUAUGCAGGAGUACCAGGCCUGGCUGCGGAGUUUGGUGAACACCGACCUGCCUGGCGUGUACAUCGGGCUGCCGGACCGCCUCAGCACCUUCAAACAGGCGCUCUCCAGCGCCACGCAGGAGCUGUGCCAACACCUGCUGGACACCUACAGGCACCAGAUCACCGAGCUCAGCCAGAGAGAAGGGCUGGGCAUGCACACAGCGAUCCAAUCCACGCCCUCAGACCACAGUGACCCUGAGCCAGUGACACACAGUGACUUCCUCAGAUAUGCAACAAGUCUAACAGUCAACUUGGACUCCGUCCAUCAGUUCCUGCGCAUCACAGAGGGCGGCAGGAGGAUCACCAACACCACCCCCUGGCAGCACUGCUACCCGGAGCACCCCGAGCGCUUCCAGCACUGGCGCCAAGCGCUGGCCAAUCAGAGCCUGUUCCUGGGCCGCCACUACUUCGAGGUGGAGCUGAUGGGAGACGGAGCGCAUGUGGGCCUCACCUACAACAGCAUCAAGAGAAAGAGCCCGGAGAUCAGCAGCUGCAUCACAGGAAACACCUUCUCCUGGAGCCUGGGCCGCAGCAGCCACAGCCUGUCCUGCUGGCAUGCAGGGGAGGAGCGCUGCCUGCAGGGGGAGCCCCUGAGCUGCGUCGGGGUGUAUGUGGAGUACCAAUCUGGCCUGGUGGCUUUCUACGGUGUGGCUGCUGCAGCGGGCUCCAUGACGCUGCUGCAUAAAUACAACACCCAGUUUCUGGAGCCUCUUUAUCCCGCCUUCUGGCUCUCCAAGAAGGAUAAUGUGGUUCAUCUGCACAACCUUGAUGAGAAAAGGCCAGCAGAGACGCCGUCGAUCCCAGCUUCAGGACAUGAGAACACUGUCACGUGUUUGAUCGGGCAAGCUGAUUCUAUUGUGUACACAGACUAUGUGACAGGUACACUGGCCAAUUAGUGGAUUCACCCGUGUUAAGUACAGCAAACAGCUUGAGUAUAUGUAUAAUUUAUGAAGUCAGUAGUUGCACCCUAGCUGAUAACUGUGUUAAAAUUUAGAUACAUCAUGUGUCAUAUUUGUAUGGAGUAGAUGUGAUCAUUUCUGACCAAAACACAAACAGAUAGGCUACAUCUAUUUUCUAAAAUGCUUUAUUGCUUUUGAAUGUAUACCAGCACACGUUACAUCAAUAUGUUUUCAGUAAAUAAACAAUUCCUGCACAAUUACCACACAAAUGUAAUUCUUGAUCAUUAAAUAUUUCUUUCCCUUGUGAACAGUUGAGACUUCUCAGUGAAACU